AUGAAGGCGAAAACCGCGACGCAGCUGAUGGGAAGCCUGCCUUCCGUGCGGACGAACCCGGCUCGUCCUUUCGUGCACUGCGGUGUGGACUUCGCGGGUCCAAUCCUCGUCCGCACCUCCAACCUUCGGACGGCCAAGACAGUGAAGGGCUACGUCGCUGUCUUCGUUUGCCUCGCGACCAAGGCAGUACACCUAGAAGCCGUCUCCGACCUGUCCACGAGCGCGUUCCUGGCCGCCCUCAAGCGCAUGUUCGCCCGUCGUGGGAUAAGCAGCGAGAUCUGGUCCGACCACGGAACCAACUUCGUGGGCGCGGACCGACACAUCCGAGAGCACCUGCAGUCACCUGAGUUCAACCGAGCUGUCAACCAGUACCUGUCGGAUCUCAAGGUGAAGUGGACGUUCAUCACUCCAUCCGCCCCCCACAUGGGAGGAAUCUGGGAAGCGGCGGUGAAGAGCAUGAAGAAGCACCUCCGAGUGGUGCUCGGGAACACGGCGCUGACGUACGAGGACCUUUCGACCGUCUUGACGCAGAUCGAGGCGUGCUUGAACUCGCGCCCCUUGUGCCAGCUCUCUGCGUCGCCCGACUCGUACGAGGCCCUCACGCCGGGCCACUUUAUCAUCAACCAGCCGCUCAACCUGCUGCCGGAACCGGACGUCAGCCACAUCAAAGAAGGCCGUCUGGACAAGUGGCAACGGAUUCAGCGCCACGUCGACGAGAUCUGGGCACGCUGGCGUGACGAGUACGUGGCCACCCUCCAACCGCGGAACAAGUGGCAAACGGUGCAGCAGAAUCUGGAUCCGGGACAGCUGGUCCUGAUCAAGAACGAGAACACGCCACCUGCGGCCUGGGAGCUCGCAAGGAUCGUCGCAGCACAUCCGGACCCGUACGGCGUCGUUCGCAACGUCACCGUGCGCAGAGGAGAGAAGGAGUAUCAGCGGCCGGUGCACAAGCUGGUCCCGCUUCCGAUGGAUUGA